AUGGAGUCCCUUUCGCGCUUAAUUUCUGUGCUUUCUAUUGCUCUGAUCGCUCUGUAUGUGCCAGUUUAUGGCCAGACAUGCACCCCUUCAAUGCUUAGUACCUUCACCCCUUGCAUGAAUUUCAUUACUAAUAGCAGCACCAAUGGAACUUCACCAAGUUCUAACUGCUGCAAUUCACUCAGGUCACUCGCAAGCAAUGGGACAGAGUGUCUGUGCCUUAUAGUCACCGGCAAUGUCCCCUUCCAGUUACCCAUUAACCAAACUCUAGCCAUCUCUCUCCCGCGUGCUUGUAACAUGUCCGGUGUGCCUCUCCAAUGCAAAGCCUCUGGUGCCCCUCUUCCAGCUCCAGGUCCAGCAGCGUUUGGACCAUCUCUCUCUCCUAAAGCUUCUCCUUCCAAUAGUCCUGAAGCUUCAACUGUGCCUGAAGCAGUGUCGCCGGCACCAGUUGCUGAUACAACUCCAGCUCUGGCACCACCAUCUCAAACAACCACAAAUUCCGGGAUCCGGCCGAUUGUGAACCCAUCUUCUGCCAACCCUUCUCACAGUCUUUCACCAGCAUUUCUGGUUGCUGUGUUUGUAGCUAUUGCUUUGAAGUACUACUAAUAAGUUGCUAUCUCCUUUCAUUGAAGUGUAUUUGAUCAUUGUAUUUGAGAAUUAUUCUUUUG